AGAAUCGGUUUGUUUUGACUUUUGACAGUUGACAUGAUGAAUUGACAAUUGAAUAAAAAUUCUUAUUAUUUAUAAAACCGAUUAAAUCUUAUACUUAUAAUAUGGAAAAAGAAACGGAAAUAGAAUCAAAAUAUCAUAGAUUAGCUGCUGAAUAUUCGAAAGUUCGAUCUCAAGCAACUGUUCUCAAAAAAGCAGUCCUAGAUGAACAAGCUAAAACUGCAAACCUACAAGAAUUAGUUAGAAAUCACGAACAGACUGUUAGAAAACGCGACCAAGAAAUCGAAAGCCUCACAUUUAGAAACGAUCAAUUAACAAAGAGAAUUGUCGUAUUACAACACGAACUGCAAAACAAUAACGGUAAAAAAAAUAAGAAUAAAGUUGUAGAAACAGUUCCUAACGUCGAUGUAAGUGUUUUAAACGAUGAACUACAAAAAAAAAUUUUAGAAAACGCUCAGUUAUUUAAUACGAUUACAGAAAAGGAUUUAGAAGUUUUAGAAUGUAAAGAAAAAUUGAAAAACUUGGAGGAUUUAGUAACUAAUCUCCAAGAGGAACUAGCUAAUAAAUCAAAAUUACACAAUGAUGUCGAAGAGAAGUAUAAAAAACGUAUACAGGAGCUUGAAAAGAAUAUCAAAAGACUUUCAUUAAAUUAUGCUGAAAAUAAAAAAUCUUCUGAUAGUUCCGAAGAAACUGCUAAGCAAUGGCAAACAGAAGCAGAAAGGUGGAAGACAGAAUGUGAUUUAUUAAAAUCCAAGCCCCAAUCAAGUGACAAACUUACAACAUACUACGAAUCUCAAAUAAGUGAAAUAUUAGAAUCAAACGCCUUGUGUAAAUCUGAAAUGCAAACCGCCUGGGCAGAAAAUUUAGCUCUAAAGGCCCGAUUAGAAGACAUCACAUCUGAAUACAGCAAGUUAAAGAGUAGCUUAGAAAAUAGUUAUGAAGAACUAAUGACGACUAAUAACAGUUAUAAAAUGCAAUUGGACGCUAUGACUGAACAUCUAGCGGCACAAAACGAAAAAAUCACCAAACAGUGCGACGAAAUCCAAUUUUUCAAACACAAAUUGGGAAUUAAAAAAUAAUAUUGCAACAGGAACCUGCAUACAAGAGAUUCUUCAAUGGUAAGUAAUGAAAUAUUGAGUUACCGUUUUGACUAAUUGUUUAGAUAAAAAAUAUUUUCAAAAGGGCUGUGAUACACAAAAAAAAGUUAGUAGUACGUUCAAAAGAUUUAGAAUAGCGACAUUUUUCAGCCCAAGUGACCUAAGGUUCAAAUUAUUAUAAAAAUAUUAGCAAAUACUGAAAUUAAUCAUAACUAAAAUAAUUACUUGAUACUUACAAUUGGUCCUUCGAGCCGUAUAUUAACCAGGCUCGAAGGACCACAUAUCCUCUUUAUAUAAGUACAUAUGUAUUGUGCUACACACAGGCCAUUUAGGCUCAUAGUCCCCUGCCAUUCCCUAACCCCUAAUUCUAUUUUGUGUCCCACACAUCCUAGUCUUUUUGGAUCUUAGAAUUUUGAUGAUUUUGUUCGCCAGCUAGUUUAUGAUGGUUUUCGUAGUUGGAUUGUGGCAAAAUUACCACCAAAGUGUACUAUUUCUAAUAUAUUUCCUAGCUUUCGAAUAUCUAUGUAUUUAUCAUCAGAAAAUGAAAUUAUUUUCAAAGUACAAUGUACAAAUAUCUAUAAAACUAAUUAAUUUACGUAAUUUUUAUUAUUGUUAUACUUUUGUACAUAUUUUUACAUUGUACUUUGACAAUAAUUUCAUUCACUGAUACAAGGUAUUCGAAAGCUAGGACUUUGGUAUUUGAUUUUACCACAAUCCCACUACGAUAACGCUCUUUUAUAAGUAUAUAUGAAUAAAAAAUUCAAUCAAGCUCCUAACGACUCAAUUUAUGCGUGAAAAUAGAAUCUGGAAUGGAAAAUUCUAGUUUGGAAACCACUAGAAUGAAUAAAACUGGGUUAAUCGCAGAGAAAAUGCAGAAAUGAUACGUAAGGUCAGAUUUUAAUGUUGCAGUAUAAAGACAGUUGAAAAAUGCUAAUCAAUCACUACAUUAUAACAGUUAUUCGUUGAAAAAUUAUAAUAUAUACACGGUGAUAAUAUCUAAGCCAGUUUUAAACUGAUUUAUAAAGAUCGGUUGAUUAUAUUUGUGAGAAUUUAUUAAAAAACGAAGAAAUAACAUUAAAAAAUGAAUAUGUUAACGAAUUUCACUUCAUCAUUUAACCAGUUAGAUGAAAAAGUAUCGAUUUUUAUGCAAUUAUUUCGAGCUUACGAUUUGCUGAAAAUUUUCAAUAAAAAGUAUCAUAAAUUGUAUUUGUCUGAUAUUGAUGUAAUGAAUUUUUAAAAUGUGUGUUUUUUAAUAGCUUUCACUUUGUGCGUCUCACACAAAAAACUACGGCAAUAUACAUUUUUUUCAAAUUAUAAAAUUUAUACCUCAUAUCAUUCCACUAUUAUAUAUUUAUUUAUAAACUUCAAGAUUAUAAUAUAUGUAAGUAAAUUUCGUUUAAUAAAUAUUCCUUUAUAUUUUAAACAAUUGUGAUUAUUAAAUGAUCGAAUUGAA